AUGAAUAAGACUUACUCUUUAAGAAACCAAAGAACACCUACCCAAGCCCAACUACAAAACCCUCCUCCUCCUCCAAGUUCAACAAGGUCACAAUUUUUUGGUAAAGCUUCUAUUGGCUCUUCUUUUCGUAAGAACGCUGCCGCCAAUGUUGGUCCAAUGUUAUCUAGAAGAUUGAAUGCCUUGGUUAAAACCGAAAAGUCCAUUUUACAAAGCUGGGAAUUAGUUGCGGUUGAAAAGAGAGAUGCUGCCAAACAAUUAUCCCUGUGGGGUAUGGAUAACGAUGAUGAUGUUAGUGAUGUUACUGACAAACUAGGGGUGUUGUUGUAUGAAUUGGGUGAUUUAGAAGACCAGUUUAUUGAUAAAUACGAUCAAUAUAGGUUGACUUUGAAAAGUAUUAGAAACAUUGAAGCUUCUGUUCAACCAUCUAGAGACCGUAAGCAAAAGAUUACAGACGUAAUUGCUGGUUUAAAGUACAAAGACCCAAAUUCGCCUAAAUUAGCUGUUUUGGAACAAGAAUUAGUCAGAGCUGAAGCUGAAAGUUUAGUCGCCGAAGCUCAAUUAUCUAAUAUCACAAGAGAAAAGUUGAAGGCUUCCUUUGCCUAUCUAUUUGAUUCUUAUAAGGAAUUGGCUGAAAAAAAUGCUUUGAUUGCUGGUUAUGGUAAGGCCUUGUUGGAAUUAUUAGACGAUUCACCCGUUACUCCUGGUGAAGGUAGACCUAUUUAUGAUGGUUAUGAAGCUUCUAAGCAAAUUAUUGUUGAUGCUGAGGCUGCAUUGGAUAACUGGACUUUAGACACUGCACAAGUUAAGCCAACAUUGUCUUUCCAUCAAACCGUCGAUGAUGUUUAUGAACCACAAGAAGGUGAAGAAUAUUAUGAGGAUGAGGAACAAGAACCAGUCGAAGAAGAGCCGAUUGAAGAGGAAAUAAUUGAACAGGAAGUGAUCCAAGAGCCAGUUGAAGAAGAGCCGGUCGAGGAGGGACAGUCAGGUGUUAUAUCACAUUAA